AUGAAACCUGCAGAGAUCAGAUUUUCUCUACAGAGCCCUCUACUGCACAUAGAUCCAUCUAUGGCACCUACAAUCACUGCAGCUAUGGCCAACACUCAGGAGCAUCUGACUCUGAACCAUAAGCUCAGAAAACCUGUGGUGGAGAAGCUACGCAGAGAGCGAAUCAACAGCAGCAUCGAGCAGCUCAAGUCUCUCCUGGGUCCAGAGUUCCUCAAACAGCAGCCGGACUCCAAGCUGGAGAAAGCCGACAUCCUGGAGAUGACAGUUUGCUUCCUGAGACGACUGCAGCAGCAACACCGAGCUGUGGACUCAGCAGCUGUUGAUCAGGGCUACUCCAGGUGUGUCCAAGAGGUGGUGCACUUCCUGUCCAAGGAGGAGGUGAAGACACAGUCCCAGAGAAGACUGCUGAACCACUUCAACAAGCUGCAGUCUUCCUCUGAUAAGAACUCUCCUCUCAGCUCCGCAGUCCACACCAGCAUCAGUAAAAGCAAGAGUCCAGCUAACAGUGUCCUCUGGAGGCCGUGGUAGACGUGAAAGGACUUGCGUAAAAGGGAUGAUCUGCAGUACUAAAUAUGUUUAUUAGUACUCGUUAUUAUGGUUCUCUUAUUUCUCAAGAGUCAUUGCCUGUAUUACAGCAUUGUAUUUGUCUGUGUUGCCUUUUGUAAAGGUGUGAUUUUGUGUUUUUGUGAUAUUUGCAUAUAGAACAGAUUUGAUAUGUUGUUUUUGAAAAAUAGUGACAUAUGUCUGAUUUAAAUUUUUAUUCUGUGACAUAAACAUUACUGGCAGUGUGAGUACCUAUAUAUUGCUGGCAGCAUUAGCAAUGAUUUUGGUAUAUUUGCUCCAUUUAGCAGACAGUUUUUUGUUGUUUUUUUUCUCAUAUUGAGCAUGUUUAAAAUUCAUGUGGUUUUCACACAGUUUUCUGAUUGAAAUGAACUUCUUGACUAUCUAAACUGUCUGCAUUUUUAGCAGAUGACAUUCGAGACAAAUGUGCUGCUUUAUAACUCUGUGAGUGACAGCACCUAUACCUUUCAUGAAGGACUUAUAUGUAAAUUGUCUCUUGUGAAUGUAUAUCUUCAAGCCAAGUGAUGCGCAAUAAAACAAU